UUGCAGGUGGGUGCGACGUGCCAGUUCUGUAUACGCUAUGUUGUGAAUGGGACAGAGUAUUGGGACAGCAAUCAAGGAAACAAUUACGCGCUGGAAGCAGUGGAAGCAGUCCCCACGGAACGAAGUGAACGAAGGGCGCUAAAAAAUCCGCGCAAGCCACUGCAUGUGAACAACCGGAAACAGAGAAAGGACAGCGGCUGGGAUGAUUGUGAGGAUCGAAAUUUCAGUCUUUUACCAUUUUCAAUGCGUUCUGUAGUUCGCAGCAAUCACUGGAGACGGCCGCCAACGAUCAACAGCGAGGAUUUCCUCAAAUGUUUGCCUUCUUUUACAUCGUUGCAUUUAUGCAAAUUAAGCAAAUUACAACGUGCAAGAGGAAAAUGGAGCAGUUUUGAUCUCCUAAAAAAUAAAUCACAGUUGGAGACGCCAACAGCACCAGCUGCAGCAGCAUUGACAGCAACUAAAGUAUCUAUCUGA